UGAAAAAUGAUAAAAAGAAUUUAAAUUGGGAGUCCAAGAAAACACCAUUGUCAAUUUCCACACCCACAAAACCAGAUUCGUUACAUGAAUUUUGUUAGCCAGAAACAAAAUACCCACAUUUCCAAAAUAAUAUCUUUUCGCAUAAAGUGAGUUGAGGUGAGGAUUCAUGUGUGUAUAUAUAUGUUAGCUGCUGCUCCUUUGUCUUCUUGUAUCGAGGUGAUGGAGAGGCUUACCGCCUUCUUCCUUGUGGUUUCUGGUGCAUUUUCUCUCUGCAAAUGCGGAGUUGCGGCUGCCUUCCAACCUCAGCAUGAAACAAAUGUUUCCUUGUUGGAAUCUCUUCAUUAUUUGGAAUCUAUGUAUGGAAUAGCUAAUGCUGCUGCCCCUCCCAAUGCUCUUAUGGUGGGCCUUACUCUCAUCCAUGGAGCUGCUGCUAAAGGAGCUGUGUGUCUAGAUGGAACAUUGCCUGGUUACCACUAUCAUCGCGGAUUCGGGUCUGGAGCAAAUAGUUGGAUUGUUAAUUUAGAGGGUGGAGGGUGGUGCAACAAUGUUAGGACGUGCGUUUAUCGCAAGAAGACUCGUCGAGGGUCAUCGAAUUAUUUUGAAAGGCAAAUUGCAUUUACUGGGAUACUUAGUGAUAAAGCUUGGGAAAAUCCAGAUUUUUAUAACUGGAAUAGAGUAAAGGUACGAUACUGUGAUGGAGCCUCGUUUUCAGGGGAGGGUGAAAAUAGGGCUGCAGGAUUGCAUUUUAGAGGGGAACGCAUCUAUCACGCUGCAAUGGAUGAACUGAUGGCCAAAGGAAUGCGCAAUGCUAACCAAGUACUUCUGGCCGGUUGCUCUGCUGGUGGCCUAGCUGUUAUUUUGCACUGCGACAGAUUUAGAGGUUUAUUUCCCUCAAGUACAAAAGUGAAGUGCCUGAGUGACGGUGGACUGUUUAUGGAUGUUCCAGAUGUUUCCGGUGGACAUACUUUGAGGAAUUUCUUCGAUGGUGUUGUUAAAUUACAGGGUGCUAGAAGGAACCUACCAGGCACUUGUACCAACCACCGCAAUCCAUCGUCAUGUUUCUUUCCUCAGAAUGUAAUAAACAACAUAAGAACCCCUCUCUUCAUUCUAAAUGCUGCCUAUGAUGCAUGGCAGGUCCAAGAAAGCUUGGCUCCUCCAUCAGCUGAUCCCCAUGGCAACUGGCAUCUUUGUAGAAACAAUAUCGGUCAAUGUUCAGCUUCACAGAUCCAAUUCUUGCAAGGUUUUAGGACUCACAUACUGAACCAAAUAAGAGGCUUUGCAGCAUCAAGACAAAGUGGGAUAUUCUUAAAUUCUUGUUUUACUCACUGUCAAUCCGAGAGGCAGGAUACAUGGUAUUCUAAUUAUUCUCCUAAACUCGGAAACAAGGCUAUAGGGAAAUCUGUUGGGGACUGGUACUUUGAUCGAGCAAAUGUGAAGUCGAUCGACUGUCCCUAUCCAUGUGAUAGAACUUGUCAAAACCUCCAAUUCCAUUGAACAAUAAUGUGAUUUUUCUCCUACAUUUUUUUGUCACAUAUGAUAUUAUAUAUAGUGAUCUCAAGUCCCAUUUAUAUUUAGAAAAUACACAUUCAAAGGCAAUAAGACGAUGCCUGAGUAGAAAGGAAAAAGAAAUGGUCUACCAAUUAUAGUGAUCUCAAGUCCCAGAUGUAUUUGUAACUCCCAGAAACAAAAGGAUAUCAAGAUUUCUCAUCUUGAAAUUUUGUCUUAUUCAUUGUUAUUCUGUUUGUGGAAUUUGGACAAGUGAUACUAAAAGAUAAAAUCUGGCCUCUUUAA